AUUCGAUUUCGUGCCUGUCCCACGCCCUUGACGUCUUGACGAGGAAGCGAAGCCUUCUUCCCAUCUUCCCUUCGCUCCUACCGGCGGCAACGAUCGGGAAGCCGUCGCCGGAGCGGAGGAGGCUCGGCGGCGAGGCGAGGCGAGUGGGGGUCCUCCCCCUCCGGAGUCCUGCCAUGGGGACGCCGGAGUUCCCGAACCUGGGGCGGCACUGCAGCGUCGGCGACUGCAACCAGAUCGACUUCCUGCCCUUCACCUGCGACCGCUGCGACCACGUCUUUUGCCUUCAGCACCGAAGCUAUACAUCGCAUAAGUGCCCGAAUGCAGAUCAGAAAGAUGUGACUGUCCUUAUCUGCCCACUCUGUGCUAAAGGAGUUCGUCUCAAUCCAAAUGAAGAUCCCAACAUCACCUGGGACUCCCAUGUCAAUACUGACUGUGAUCCAUCAAAUUACCAGAAAGUAACGAAGAAAAAGAAGUGCCCAGUGCCUGGGUGUAGAGAAACAUUGACAUUUUCAAAUACAAUCAGAUGCAAAGAUUGCACCAAAGAACACUGCCUGAAGCACAGAUUUGGGCCUGAUCACAAGUGCCCUGGACCAAGAAAACCAGAUUCUACAUUCCCCUUCGGAAAUAUGCUCAGGAGAAGUCAGAAGGCAGAGCCACGUUCAAACAGCAGUAGCAAUAAUAGUUCAUCCUGGUGGAGCUCUAGCCUGCUUACCGUAGCAUCCAAUUUCAAAUCAUCUGCUGAAGCUGGGAUGCAAAAGUUGAGCACAGCAACCACCCAAGCCAUCCAGAAGGCUAAGGAUGGGAUAUCAACAGGCAGCAGCAGCAGCAGCAGCAGUGGUGAUCUUGUGGAGCAAUGUGUUCAAUGCCCAGCGAGAUUUCCCACCGUGGGGGCCUUAAUCGAGCACUGCGAGAAGUCCCAUCAGAGCAACUCGCAACCAAAUCGCAGCAGAGUGACGGUUGAUGUUUGCCCGAAAUGCAGCAAGGCGUUUCGAGAUCCAGUGUUGCUUGUGGAGCAUGUUGAGAGGGACCAUGGAGGAACUUCGAGAGCGUAGAGCUGCUCAUGUGUAAUCUACCUGUGUAACAUGUAUUUCUUUUCACUAGUCAUUACACUCAUUUGGUUUGGAUUAUACUGUAUUGUCUUGGGGGUUCAAUGUGCCCAUGAAAGAAGGUAUAGUUUUAAGGCCGUUUCAAGGCCAUUGUGAAUUGAAACUUCAUUCUAGACACCAGAAAGCCAAGUCUGAUUCGUU